AUGAGAAAAUGGAAUUGUAAGAUCUUGUGUCUAUAUCUCUUUUCUUUAUUCUUAUUUUGUGUUCAAUGCAUACAACAACAAGAACAAGUGGAAGGGUUCUUUAGCCAAAGUGGACAUACCAAUAAUUGGGCUGUUUUGGUUUGUACAUCUCGAUUCUGGUUUAACUAUCGUCAUGUUGCCAAUACUUUAUCGAUGUACCGCACAGUCAAACGACUGGGCAUACCUGAUUCCAACAUUAUUCUUAUGCUCGCCGAUGAUGUCUCUUGUAAUCCACGCAAUAAAUACCCCGCCACUGUUUACAACAACGCCAAUCGUCUCCUCGAUCUUUAUGGCGACAAUGUCGAAGUGGAUUAUAGAGGCUACGAAGUUACAGUUGAAAACUUUAUCCGUCUUCUUACAGGCCGUGUGUCUCCUAGCACACCUCGUUCGAAACGGCUCUUGACAGAUGAUCGGUCUAAUAUUUUUGUAUAUAUGACAGGUCAUGGUGGCGACGAGUUUUUGAAAUUUCAGGAUGCAGAAGAAAUGAGUGCGUACGAUUUAGCAGAUGCAUUCAAACAAAUGCAAGAAAAGAGGCGAUACAAUGAGAUUUUCUUCAUGAUUGAUACGUGUCAGGCAAACACGAUGUACAGUCAAAUCAAUUCAACAAAUAUUUUGGCUACUGGAAGUAGUCGCCUCGAUGAAAGUUCCUACUCACACCAUACUGAUUUCGAACUUGGUGUGGCCGUGAUUGAUAGUUUCACCUACUAUAAUCUGGAAUUUUUAGAGAGGAUUGAUCAAACGAGUAAUAGAACAUUACAAGAAUUGUUUGACACAUAUGAUCCUGUUAAAAUUGCUUCACACCCAGGGAUUAGAUCUGACUUAUUCAACCGACCUUUGGAUAAAGUCAAAGUAACAGACUUCUUUGGCAAUGUGCAAAAUGUGGAAUUGACAAAGAAUCGAUAUCCACUUGGAAACAGCAAUUACAACAACAGUGUUCAACCUAGAGGUGAGCACAUAAAAGAGAAUAAUAUACCCACCAGCAAGGUGAACAGCAUGACAACGACAUCCAUCAAAAAUGGUAGCAGCAUGCAUCAUCAUGAGCCUGCUUCUUUCCCGGUUUACAUGAACAAGACCAACAAAGAGAAUUUGAACAUACAUGAUAUACCUCUCACUUCUGUUAUCUCCAGUAUAUUAUUUACAACAUUCAUUGGAUAUAUUGUAAAAUUGACAUUUCAUUAG